AAAAGGAAACGUUACUCAACUUAAUGGCAAGAUAUCAAGCCAUGGAAAGAGUUCUUCAAGACAGACCAAGUAAAUCUAGCGCCUUGGAGAUAUCAACAGAACUGAAACAAAUACAAGGAGCAGUAGCACAGCUAAAUGAGCAGCACAAGACUGAGAGGGGAAGGCUGUCUGUGAGGGUGGGUGUGAAGGGCCUGUCCAAGUCCAGCAAGAAGCAGCUGAAGAAGGAGCUGCAGGAGCUGGGAGACAGACAGAAGCACCUGCUGCAGGUGGUGCACAGACAUAAGCAGCUCAACUUCAGACUGAAGCAGGUGCUUGCUGGUAUCGAUGCAACUGGAACUUCCUGUUCUGGUGGAGAAUCCAGUAAAGACAAACAUGGAAAUGUGAACACAUUUCCUCCUUCAAGACCAGCAGCAGAAGCGUCAACAGUACACGCAGACAUAACUGAUGGCAAUGGCAGAAGACCAUUUAUAGAAAAGCCUUCUUCAGUCCCUACGAUUUACAAAACUGACAUUGUCGACAGAUUUCAUGACAUCACUGCAGCUGAAAAUGGAGGAUCUGCCUUGUUUGAGUCUAGUUUUCGAAAAGAUAAUGCAUCAAAGGUGUUCCAGAGGGAUCAAAAUGGUGUUUCCAGAACAUACGGCGCUAUUGAGGCCCGAACAAGCAAUGUGACAGGCUAUCAUGACAGAAAGAAGGAAUGUUUGGAUAAUGAUGUGGAUGUUCUAAGUCAGUACUACAGAGAUGAUAUGGAACAGACUCAAAAGACUGACUUUAGUGAUAGCAUUCUUAUUUCUAAAUCAAAUCCAACUUGUAUUGUAGAUAACAGUGUUAUCACUGCCACCAAUAAUGAGUUGCUGGCUAAAGCAGACCUUUGUCCUGCUCCAUGUUCACAGAUCAAGGAGACAGAAGCUUUUGUGAAAAGUGUUCAUAGUUCUGGGGCUGUGGAUAGGACUGCUUCGCAGAUAAGUGAGAUAGAAGACAGUCAACAAGACCUGUUCAGUCAGGGCUCCUCUGAACUGGAGGGGGACAGGAGGAUGGUUGAAGAGAUUAUUGCAACACAGGCACUGAGCCAUGAGUCUGACUGCCCUGACCAUGACAUCAGACAUAUAGGUGGCAGGGUAAGGCAGGGUAAGAAAGAAUGGGUGUGGACAGAAGGGGGAACUGACCAGAAGGGACUGAAGAAGGUAGCUAUAGAGAUGGAAGAGGAUGCGAUGGAUAGAGGAGUUGAGGGAAGGAUGGACAGUGAGGUUGAGGGAAGGAUGGGCAGUGAGGUUGAGGGACUGGUGGUUAGACGGGUUGAUGGAAGUAUGGGUAGUGAAGUUGACGGACAAAUGGACAGCAGGGUUGAGGGACGAAUAGACGGUGAGGUUGAGGAACGAAUGGACAGUGGACGUGGCGGUAGGAGGAACAGAGGGGUUGAGGGAAGGAUGGACACACAGGCAGAUAGAAAGACAGACAGACAUGCUGAUAGGACAGACAGUGAGGUUGAUGAGAGGAUAGGUGCACAAACUGACAGAAGGAUGGACAGAAGAGUUUCUGGACGAAUCAACACACAAAAUGAUGGAAGGGUUGCCAUACACAUUGACGACAACACUGCUUGGCAAGGUGGUGUGUCAGUUAACAUGCAGGAGGAUGACAAAUUGGACAAGAAAAAAGGUGCUGAUCUUAGUGAAAUGAACUGGAAUAGUGCCACUUCAUCUGGUCCUGUUAGCCAAAUGAAGAGAAAAGCUGAGGACUCAUCCGCACCUAGUUUUGAAGGUCGAAGUGAAUGUGAAACAAAGAAGAUCAAGACAUGUACUGCAGAACAGUUUGUAAAGUCAGUUGAAGGUGGCCAGGCUCCAUGCAAACCAGGUAUCAGUCAGUCCGAAUCUGAUGCAACAAAGUCUGAAGUGAAGGAGAGAGAGACUUAUCAUCAGAAAGCAGGCAACAGAAACUCGGAGGGAGAAUCUAUCCAAUCAAAGAUUGCAUCUGACAAGAAGGAAGGCUUUGUGCUAUCUGUGAAACAGACUUGUAGCAAGGAAGUAGAUGGGUCUCUAGUUCCCAUCAGUCUGAAGAGCAAGGAUGGUAGUUUGAAUAAAUCACGUGAUAUCAUUCCAGAAUAUAGAAAUAUCAACAAUGACAAUACAACAGGACAAGUAAAUGGUCCAUCUUUGAGUAGCCAUGGCAACAGUGGCACACUUUCAUCAGCUGUAGGAGCUGAAGGGAGUACACCCAAUUUGAUGUCCCCUUCAAAUGUCAGGUCUGUUUGUUCCGCUCGGAUGGAAGUGACUUGUCUGUCACUUCCAGAACAAGGCACAAAAAAGGUUAAAAAUGUGUCUUUGAUGUCUCCUCCUCCUCGUCCAUUGAAGAAUAUCGCAACUCCUCCUCAGAAACUGCAGUCUGAAAACUUGCCAGCAUCCACGUUCCUCUCACCUGGGUCAACUGUUGCCAGUAGCGACGUGUUCCCUGUGUCCUGUCGGGAACUGGUGCGGAGGAUGGCGGAGAGAGAUGCCAGGGAGAAACAAUCAAGGAAGGACAAAGUCUUGCUUCAGGAAGAGGCUCCCAGUAAUUACAUUGCUAUACCAAUUGGAAGGAUAGAAGACUUCAGUGAAAACCUUCAAGUCAAGGAUGUGGACGAUGACACCCAGACUCCUAUGUUUGUGCAGCCCCAAGUCCCCUCUGCACCAAAACCUGUUGCCACAUCCAAGAUGGCUGACCUCCCUACCCUGGUUGAGAAAGGGGUGCUGACUCCUGGCAAGGAUGUCUUGUCAGUCAGAGCAGAGGGCAAAGUGUUUCGAGCCACUUUGAGUAGGAAGGGUCACAUCAUUGGUUCUGAAGGGGAGAUGUUCCGUACACCCACAUCCUGGUGUCAGGCAGUCAGUGGAGCUGGCACAGUCAACAAGCUGCAGUCUUACAACAUGGUUCUUUACAAGGGGCGGCCAUUGUCAUCAUUUGUAGUCAGAGAAAGCACAGAAUCUUCAGGCCAGAAAGAUGUAAGAGCUCAAACAAAGUCUCAAGGAAAACUUGUAAGCUCAUCCAUUACCAGAUCACUGAAGACAGUAAACAAAUCAACAAGUCUACCAAGACAGUCUCUGGCAUUUCUUCAACAACCACUGCAGCCAACAAGGUUCGAACCAAGUCACUCACUUACUCAGUUACAAAGUCUCUUUCCGAAGGAACAGGAGCAGCUCCCACAAAGACUUCCUCCAGGCAAACUGGCAUCCCUUUUCCAGUUCCACCAAAUAGGAACUCUGCUGCCGCUAGAGAUUUGGUUGCUAAGGGUAACAAGGACACCAGUCCAUCUGGGCCAUCUGAGUUGAUGAGGGUUUUGCGCAAAUGUACCAUAAAGCUGAUCGAUGAUGCAGAGAUUAUACACUGUCCAGAAAUUGAUAGUACUUUCUGGAUGACUGAUUUUAAAGACAUCAGACUAUCAGACAGUUUGUGGGACUCUGUUGAUUGUUGGAAUUAAACAUUAACUGACAGUAGUUAGUUUAUUUCUAGCAAUUAAUUGUUUACAAUGUUUAUGAUAAGAAAUUUCCAGAAUUAUGUGUGUUGAAAUAAAAUGAUCCAGGACGUAAUAUUCAAAGAUUAAAUACUUUGAGUUCAAUGACAUGUAUUUGUGUUUUACAAGAAUAAAGAUUGUCUUUUGGGCA